AUGGUGCUCAUCCAGAGAUGGGAACCGAUAAUCUCUGCAUCCUUUCCUUCACAAAUACCAUUAUGGAUCUCCCUAAGAGGAAUUCCCUUUCACUACUGGCAUGAAAAGGGUGUCAGCAACAUUGGUCUCGAGUUUGGUGAACUGGAGACAUAUGAAGUCACAAAGUCUAGUGCACGUAUACGUUGUGUUGUCGAUGGUCUCAAACCGCUGAUAAUGGAAUCAAUUCUUGAGUUUGACUCUGGUGAGGAGAGCUUGAUAACCCUAGAAUAUGAGAAGCUAGGUAAUCACUGCUCUUACUGCUAUCGCCUGACACACCUCCAGUCUCAAUGUCCCGAGAAGCCAAAAGAAGAAAAUGCUAGGAGUACAACCCGCGCCGGUACGCCCCCCACCCGCCACGACGAUAUGAGAACUACAAGAGACCGAGAGGAUAUCGCUGGAAAGUAA